AGGUUGCCAACCCAUCCAUCAGUGGCAAAUCAAUUCUAGCCUUCUCCUUCUGACCGUGCAGUAGUGCCAAUGGCCAUGGCCGUUUCCUCUUGUUUCCCGUUGGCUGCUCGCUGUAGCCUCUUGCUCACCGCAGCGCUGGUCCUUGCGAUGAGCCAUGGAGUCCAUGGUCAUGCCGGUGCCGGUGCUGGUUUGAGCUCGUCCUUUUACGACGACUCGUGCCCGAGUGCGCGUGAUAUUGUCCGGCGCGUCAUCCAGAAUGCCCGCGUCGCCGACGCACGCAUCCCAGCCAGCCUCAUCCGCCUCCACUUCCAUGACUGCUUUGUUCAGGGCUGUGAUGGCUCACUUUUGCUGGACAACGACCUCCCGGCAAUCAUGACCGAGAAGGAGGUCCCUGCCAACGAUAGGUCAGCACGAGGGUUCGAUGUGGUCGACAACAUCAAGCAUGCGCUAGAGAAUGCAUGCCCUGGCAUCGUGUCCUGUGCCGACAUCCUCGCCCUCGCCUCCGAGAUCUCCGUCGAGCUGGCCGGAGGGCCUAGUUGGAGUGUGCCGUUGGGCCGCCGUGAUGGCACGACCACCAAUAUCGAGAGCGCCAACAAUCUCCCAAGCCCCUUCGACUCUCUGGAGACGCUCCAGGAAAAGUUCAGAAACUUGGGCCUCGACGACACUGACCUUGUCGCCCUCCAAGGAGCGCACACCUUUGGGCGGGCGCAAUGCCAAUUCACACAGCAGAACUGCAGUGCUGGGCAGGACGAGGAGACGCUGGUGAACCUUGACACAGUCACCCCUAACAUCUUCGACAACAAGUACUAUGGCAACCUCUUGCGCGGCCGCGCCCCUCUUCCUUCAGAUCAGGUAAUGUUGUCCGAUCCUGUUGCUGCUGCGACCACCGCGCCCAUCAUUCACAGGUUCUCUGGUAGUCAAAAGGACUUCUUCAAGAACUUUGCGGCCUCGAUGGUCAAAAUGGGGAACAUAAGUCCAUUGACGGGAAGGGCUGGGGAGAUUAGGAACAACUGUCGGAGGGUGAACAACAAACCAUAUUGAAGAAUGAGAUUAAUGUUAUGAGUUGUGAACUCAUUGUCCUUGUGUACAUCAUUCUUUUAAUUCAUUCUAACUGUAAGUGUUCCCUUAUUAGUUUCUUUGGAAACAAAUGUAAA